AUGGAUCUCCUGUUUCACGAGUUCCCCACCCGACUUGCUCCCUGGUUCAGUAGCGGCUUCAUGCCAGGAGCAACCCCCUCAACCCAUCCCGCACUCCUUCCCCACCCCACCAUCCCCCCUCCCCCCACCACCCACAGCAAUGAAGGAAAAAUGGGGCGGAUUCGCGCCCCUCUUCACAGUGCUGGUGGUCGCGUGGGUGGCAUGCGGCACAGCAACAGCGGCGGGGCUGCUGUGGGACCGGCACUCGCAGUACGAGAGGCACAGGGAGGAGGCGCUGGGCGUGUGGUGUUCCCUAUCCUCUCCUUCCUUCCGCUUUCCACUUUCCACUUUCUCAAUCUCUUUCCUCUCUCCCAUCUCUCCCUCGCCCGUCCCUUUUCCCCCCUCCCAGCAACCUUAUUCACGGUGCUGGUGGUCGCGUGGGUGGUGUGCGGCACAGUGGCAGCGGCGGGGCUGCUGUGGGACCGACACUCGCAGUACGAGAGGCACAGGGAGGAGGCGCUGGGCGUGUGGUGCAAGGAGCGCGCCCUCAUGCUGCAGCAGCUCGUGCUGGCCCAUGCCGGGCAGAUGCAGACUCUUGCUGGGCUGAUUUCUGUGAUGGGCAAGCCAGGGCAGGGAGGCAAGUGGGAGAUGGGCAAGUGCUUGAACGGCAGCAUGUGGGUGUCGUAUCUCACUCGCACUGCACCAACUCGCCCGGGGAACACUGGUGCAGUCGCGUGUGCGGUGGUGCGCGAUGCCGAGAGGGCGGCCUUUGAGCGGCAGUACGGCAGCAUCAGAGAAAACACGCUGAUUGUCAGUGCCCGCCGCCCCAUCUACUGCCCCAAGGUCCUCGAACUUACAACUCUGUAUGCGACCGACGGCCCCAGCAACAUUGACAUGUUUCAGCGAUACCACUCUUUGAUCCCACUGGUGGAGGCAGGCCGGCACCUCUACUCCUGGCCCUACCCUCUCGCCAACCCCCUCACUCAUGCUGGAUUCGGUGAGUGGGGGAAGCAAUGGCCAUCGACGAGCGUCCCCACCAACCACUCGAGCCAAUUAGCAGUGGGAGCAGUGUAUGGGUCAAUUGCUGCAACCUUUGACGUGACUUACAUCGCACAGAAGGUCCUAGAGGAGCUAUAUGAACCUGACCCAUCAAAGUCCUUUGAGCUAUACGACAUUACUGACCCAACAACCCUCUUCGCCAUCGUCUCACCAGUCCCACCCCAUGCUUACUUCCGCCCCGACGACAAGCUCCCCUACAUGCACCCCUCUUCGGAGUCCGAAACCCGCCCCUGGGAGCAGCGAGCAGUGGUGCCUCUAGAGGAGAUGGGAGCAGGCGUGAGGAAGUACGAGGUCUGGUGCCGGGGUCAGUUUGGACAUACGCUUUUUCGGGCAGGGGAAGAAAAUUCCCGGGCAGGGUGA